AUGGAUUUUAUACAAGACUAUGCGGCUCUCAUCCCACGCUUCCUCCCACCCUCCUUCGCAAGCCCUCUCCUCCAACUCGUCACCACCUUCUUGGGCAUCUCGCGCACCCUAACCACGCACCUCUCGCCCCUCCUCAAUAAACUCAUCACACAACCCGAUGUAGCCUCCAUCCUCGCCCUCCUCGCCAUAUUCUUCAUUUCGCUCAAGAUACUCGAUAUGAUGUACCGAGCCGUCAUCUUCUGGGUGAACUUGGCUUUGAGGCUGGUGUUUUGGGGCGGCAUACUGGUUGUGGGCUUUUGGGUGUACAAUAGAGGGCCUGAGGGCUUUGUGGAAGAUGUGCAGGGCUUGGUCGAGUACUGGCUGGGACAGUAUGAGAUGUACAGUCAAGAGGUCAAGGGGUUCCAGCAGCAGAAGGAGGAUCAGAUUAGAAUGAAGGCGAGUGCGCAACAACAGCAGAAGAAGAGGGGAUGGCGGUAA